GAAGAAGAAGUCGUCGCUUGCUAACGACCUAUUUUCCCCGCGACAUUCAACUUUAGCUAGUGAGCUCACGAGUAAACAGCUUUCUGGACAGGGACAGGGACAGGUGUAGGUGUAUUCCUCCGCGAAAAUGCUCAAAAAGAAAUGCAGCAGCGCGGAAAAGAAAAGGAAACACUCCCAGUGUGAAGAGCGACACGAGAGCAAUAAACGCAAAAGUACGGAGUCCAGCAUGGAGCAGGACUCCAAGGAAGAACUCGCUGACGCUGAGCUGGACAGGAUUGGCAGUGACAUUGAGGACGGGGGACUUGACCUCAGCCUGCCUUUCCAGCCCAUCACUGCUUAUGUCACUGACAAGCGGGAGAUGCUGGAGCAGUGUUUCCACGUGCUGGGGGACAAGAAGUUACAAAAAAUGCUGCCGGAUGAACUCAAGGACUGCAGUUUAGAGGAAAUCAAAAAGCUGUGCUGGGAGCAACUGGAGCCGAUCUCUGAGAAAAAUCUCACUCACAUCUUAGCAGGGGAAGAACUGACAUCUGGAAAUGGUGAUGAACACACAGAAGAGACCUUGGAAAGCCAGCAAGAAAAUAAUGUUGAUUCUACAUCUUGUCACAAAGAAACUGCAAAAACUGAGGACCCUAAGCAAGAGGGUGGUGGUUCAGGCGAGGAGAGUGACGUCCUGAGCAUAAACGCGGACACUUAUGAUAGUGACAUAGAGGGACCCAAAGAGGAGCAGACUGUUAAAGCCGUGGAGGGCUCGGUGAAGGUAGCAGACAGCAGCAGGGAAGGCACCGACCCACCUGUAAACCCCGACACAGUAAAUCCUGAACCUCCCACGGCCUCUCAACCACCGGAAGCAAAGAAAGACAUCCAAAGCGACAUAGACAAAAGCGUCAGCGAAAUCUUAGCGUUUUCGGACACCUCGAGCAAAGAGGCGGCUAAAGAGGUAGAGAGCGUCCCUCCGCUGACGACGGAUGUCAGUUCACCUGUUCAGGACGGACCUGUUUCGAGUCGCGUGCCUGGAACGUGUCAGCCGUCUAUUCAGCAGCUGGAGCUUCUGGAGUUGGAAAUGAGGGCGAGAGCCAUCAAGGCCCUGAUGAAAGCUAGUGAUGGGAAAAAGCCCAGUGUAACAAAAAAUGUUUAAUACGUUUUAUUUGUUUUUCUUGUUAUGGUUUAAUGGUUUAUACUAAAUAAUUCAGCUACUUUUAACCCCUAGUUUAUUGUUCUUGUACCAUUCAAACCAUGUUCUUAUUACUCCAUAUUGGAGUGAUUUUACCAAUUAUUUAAUGUAAAAUCCAACAUAUAAAACCUGUCCUACACCUA